UGCGGUGCAUUCGUCUCGUAUCGUCGUAUAAUAGUUAGUUGGUGUUCGUAAGUUACAUGUUACAUUUGUACGUAGUCAGUUUUUUGUAUUCUGAAAAUUCCUUUAUUAUUUUUUCCCAACAAUAGUUUUAUUUUCGUAUGCUUAUAUCGUUAAAAUCCCAUCAGACAUGUUAGGACUCAAGUAUUCAAUACUUGUAGUUUUGUGUUUGGCAUUCGUGCCUCUGAGCGAUCGCUAUGUUUCCGGAGACGCAGGUAUCCAGUUGGAUAGUUCAGAGGAACUCAAAGUCGACGCCAACAUUGGAGUCAGCAAAGAAGGAGCAACGACCGAUCCAAAUGCCGCCAAAAUUGAGGAAGAAAGAAUAAAUCUAGAUGGGUUAAAUGCAGCUCAGUUGCGUGAACUCGGUGAAAGCGCUGAGAAAUUCACAUUCCAAGCAGAGGUUAAUCGUAUGAUGAAACUUAUUAUUAACUCAUUGUACAGAAACAAAGAUAUAUUUUUGCGAGAACUCAUAUCGAAUGCUUCUGAUGCUCUUGACAAAAUAAGAUUAUUAGCAUUGACAGAUCCUAAUCUUCUGGACGCAACCAACGAAAUGUCCAUAAGAAUUAAGGUAAAUAAAGAGUCGCGUAUGUUACACAUUACAGACACAGGUAUCGGUAUGACUCGCGAAGACCUAGUGAAGAACUUGGGUACCAUUGCCAAGUCUGGUACCGCAGAAUUUUUGAGCAACUUAAAGGAAGCAGAAACCCAAGAUAAAAAUAUGAACGAUAUGAUCGGACAGUUUGGUGUUGGAUUCUAUUCCGCUUUCCUUGUUGCCGAUAAAGUUUUGGUCACCACCAAGCACAAUGACGAUAAGCAAUAUAUAUGGGAAUCGGAUGCUAACAGUUUUUCAAUUGCUGAAGAUCCUAGAGGACCAACACUUAAAAGAGGAUCCCAAGUUAGUUUACAACUAAAAGAAGAAGCUAUUGAUAACUUAGAUUUGGAUAACUUGAGGAGCCUAGUGAGGAAAUACUCUCAGUUUAUCAACUUCCCAAUUUAUUUAUGGGCUAGCAAAACCGAAACCAUAGAAGAACCAAUUGAAGAAGAAGAAGAAGAAGAAGUAAAAUCUGAAGAAGAUAAGUCAGAAAAAUCUGAUGAAGAUGCUGAUGUUGAUGCAGCUGUUGAAGAAGACAAAGAAGAAGAAGAUAAACCAAAAACAAAGAAAGUAGAAAAGACUGUUUGGGAUUGGGAAAUUCUGAAUGACAAUAAGCCAAUUUGGACACGUAAAUCAGGUGAGGUAGAACACCAAGAAUACCACGAUUUCUAUAAGGCAUUGACAAAAGACCAUAAAGAACCGCUAGCCUAUACACAUUUCGAUGCUGAAGGAGAAGUAUCGUUUAAAUCGUUGUUAUAUGUCCCCACUGCCCAACCUUCGGAUACAUUCAACAAAUACGGAACAGUUACUGAUAACAUCAAACUUUAUGUCCGAAGAGUAUUUAUUACAGAUGAAUUCAAUGAAUUAUUGCCUAAGUAUCUAAGUUUUCUCAAAGGUAUAGUAGAUUCUGAUGACUUACCAUUGAAUGUGUCUCGAGAAGUACUUCAACAACACAAGUUACUUAAAAUAAUCAGAAAGAAGUUGAUCCGUAAAGCAUUGGACAUGCUUAAAAAGUUAGACGAUGAAUCGUACAAGAAAUUUUGGGCUGAAUAUUCUACUAACAUUAAAUUAGGAAUAAUUGAAGAUCCAUCUAACAGAGCACGUCUUGCUAAGUUAGUACGUUUCCAAUCAUCAGUAGAAGAAACCCCUACGUCAUUGGCUGAUUACGUAAAGCGCAUGAAGGAAAAGCAAGAUCACAUUUAUUACAUUGCUGGUUCUAGCAGGGCUGAACUCGAGAAGUCCCCAUUUGUGGAGGGAAUCAUUCGCAAGGGAUAUGAAGUUUUGUACCUCAUCGAAGCUGUCGAUGAGUAUACGUUAUCUGCCAUACCAGAAUUCGAAGGCAAAAAAUUCCAGAACGUUGCAAAGGAAGGUGUCUCAUUGACCGAAGAUAAGGCGAAGGCUGAAGAAUUAAAGAAACAAUACGAACCACUCACCAAAUGGCUCGGAGACAAUGCUCUCAAAGAACAGAUUUCAAAGGCAGUCGUAUCAGAUCGUUUGGCAGACUCUCCGUGUGCUCUUGUCGCAGGUAUGUUUGGUUGGACUGGUAAUAUGGAAAGGUUAGCUUUGUCUAAUGCUCAUCAAAAAGCUGAUGACCCGCAAAGAGAAUUCUAUUUGAAACAAAAGAAAUCUAUGGAAAUCAAUCCUCGCCAUCCUCUCAUCAAAGACUUAUUGAGGAGAGUGCAAGAUGACCCCGAAGACCAAAAAGCCAAAGAUAUCUCUGUCAUGUUGUAUAGAACGGCCACUCUGAGAUCAGGAUUUAUGCUCCAAGACUCUGCUAGUUUUGCAGAAAGUGUCGAAGCACUUAUGCGACAGUCGUUAGGUAUUCCACUCGAUGAAAAGGUUACCUACGAGGACGAAGAACCAGUUGCUGACCAAGAAGAAGGAGAAGAAGCAGAGGCCGAAGAAGAAGAAGAAGAAAAAGAAGAAUCACCAGAACACGAAGAGCUGUAAACGGGGUUGAAUGUAUAAAAAUAUAUAUUAUUUUUAAGAUAAACUGUAUCAGUUCAUCUUCUUUAUAAGUCUGAUUUUCAACAUGUCAGAGUGUUAUUUAUUGUUUACAUAAGUAAUGUCUAUAUUUUACUAUUAUAAAAUGCCAGUAACAUGUUUGUGUGUUUUAUUUAAAGUUUUCAUCUUUAGAUUAUUUAUUAUUGAAAUUACUUUUUUUUUUUUUUAAUUAGUGUUUAACUCUAAAUCAUCAGACGAGACUAAAAAAUAUAUUGUAUUGUACAAAUUAUUAUUGAUAAAGAAUACCUAAUAUAUAUUUGUUUAUCACUAAAUUAAGUAUAGUUUUUCGUUUUAUGUAAGACAAUGUUAAAUUGUUUUUUCUUUCCAUUUUGAAAUUAGUUUUUCUACAAAAGAAUUUAUUUAGAUUGUUGUUCUAAUAAUUUAUAGAAGAAUUACUUUAAUUGUAUACAAUUUGUGUAAUGAGAUAUGGAACACUAAAAUGGUUAUUGUGUUAGGUUCUUUUAAGAAGAGUCAUCAACUUAGUUAAAAAGUAAAACGAUUUUUAAAUUUUAGAAAUAUAUAAUUUCAACUAGUUUUAUUUAAUCUAAUCGAUGUUCAAUUUAAAACAUGUGUACCUCAUAAGUUGUAAUUGACAUGUUUGUGAUAUUAAGUUUUGCACAAUUAGAAAUAAACAUGCUGUGUUUAGUAA